AUAAAUAAAUUACAAUUACCGAACCAAAAACGCAACGUCAAAAGAGCACUUCUGUUUUCCUUUUAAUUAUUCUUACUUAUUACUAUGAAGUAAAUAGUAAAUAACAAUAAUUUUGGCAAAUACAGAACCAUGAACUCAUCGCCAGAGAAUAUUGUUAUCAACUCAUGUCAAUAUAUGCCUGUUUACCUGAUACAGAAUCCCAACUUUAAUCAGGUUAAAUCGUUUAUCGUACCGCAAAACAAUGAAAUCGUACAAAAUCCUGCCAGUAAUAACUUGAAAAGUUUUUAUGAAAAUAGCGGCAAAAUAGCAACUAACCUCGAUGAAAAUGUGGAGCAUAAGCCAAGAAUACUGAAGAAAGUCGAUAGCACCAUAUUCGGUAACAAUUUAAAACUGGCUAGUUUUCUCGUACCUAAGAAUGAUAAAACUAAACAAUAUGUUAGACCAGUGAAUAACGUCGUGCUUAAACCCACUAUUGUUACUCAAAACGCAACAAGUAUUAUUAAUACCGUUCCUAAAUUUGAUCCGAAUAGGAAGAUCGUGAAAUUAAAAAACAUCCCAAACAGUACAACAACAUCGCUACAAACAAAGAAGUUGCCAAAGAUUAAACCAAAAGAAAAUGCUCAAAACAUAAACAAACAUACUUCUGUGCAGUUAAUAAAACUUGGAGAUUCAUACCAUAGUCUCAAUGAAUUAAGUGAUGAACAGAAGAAAAUAGUAAAUCAUGCUUUGAAGAUAUUUAACAAGCCCGAGAACACACCAAAGGAACCCGCUUAUGAUCCAGUAACUAAUACAAGAUAUAUUUACAAAGUGUUAUCACCAAAAGAUUUGACACUAGUCGGUAAGAAAAACUUAAUAUAUACACAGAACAAAACGGAUACAAAAAAGGAAAUUGAAGAUGCAUUGAAAAAGAAGGUAGAAAAGAAAGAAUUGAAACCCAUUGUUACUCAGGAAAUCCAAGACGGACCAUCUGAUAUACAACCUGUCAUUUUAGAGACAAAAGUCACAAGAAGCGGUAGAAAAGUCAAAUUGCCAAAGCACCAUUCACCCGAAGAAGAUGAGACACCACAGAAGCAGAAGAAGAAGAAUGGAACUAUUGUGUCUUGCUUCCAAUGCUCCUCUGAAUUCAGUAGUUUGUACCGUCUGCAGAGACAUUAUGAGAAUCAUCCCACUCAUAUACCAGCUAAAGUCCACUCUAACCUGUUCCACUGUCUGCUGGCCAUCAUCAAGAGUGGUUCAGAAGAAGACCGAGCUAAUAUCUUCAUACAACAGCUGGAGCAGUUAAUAGUAAAGUUCAAAUCUCUUCUGCCAUGCUUAUUGAAGAAAGUGGACGGUAAUGAAGGCAAAUUGUGCAAUAUUAAUGAUGAUAUUGGCAGAUUAUUUGGCAUGAACCCUGGGAAGUACAAUCUCAAUAUAGACGCAUUGAGUUGUGUAAAGGACAAAGAGGGACAUUGUAGACAUAAUCCAGCAAAAACCAAUCAGUUUAAUUCGGAUUUGGGCAAAACCUCACAGAUUUGGUCCAAACAAAAUGAAGAGCCUAAUAAUGAGAACAAAAUCGAUGAUUGUGCACGAAUUAAUUCAGUCGUGAAAUGGCCUACAGUCUCUAAAAGAAACUGGAAGCAAAAAUCACAAACAACAAAUGCAAAGAAAAUAAAAAUAGAAUCAGAAUAUGACACUGAUAUUGAAUUAAAAAUGGAUGAUCUUAUAACAUUUACAGAAAACGAAGAUUUACAAGCAACAAAUGUACCUCAAAUACCAAAUGAAUUAAUUAAUGAACCAAUAGUUAAUAAGAAUCUUAAAAAUUUAAAUGAGCCGUUAAAAAAACCCAAUCAUGUUCAAUUUCACAGCGCACAUUUCGACAUACGAUCAUCUCCCAUCAAACAAUCAUCGACUGUGUUUUGCAAAUUCCAAAUUGAUCCAGAGAAAAUACCAAAAUAUGAAGUGCAAGUAAUAAAACCCCGCGGAAUAGAAACUAAACUGAACGAAGUACAUUCAAGUGAAUCAUUAAAUACAAAUAUAAGUACAAUAUUUAGUGAUUGUAUAGAUUUACAGGCAAAAGUAAGCGACAAUAAUAUAGAUUAUGUUAACAAAGACUGGCCUAUGAGUGUAACGGAACAAACUGAAAAUGAAAUCAAAUCAAAUACAUUAAUUGAACCGGCGCUAUUACAUUUGAUCAAUGACAAUGUAAAUAAAAAUGUUGCAAAUGAAAAUGAUUGGGAAAAUCAUGAGAAUCAAAACCAAUCAGUAUUAAAUUUUUUGGAGUCUUUAGACAGCGAAUGUCUAUCAUAUCCAGAGACUGAAAUUAGAAACAAUGCAGUUGAUUUUCAACUGGACUUGUAUUAAAUUAAAGUUAAGUAAAGUAUUUGUAUUACAAUUAAAAAUAUUUUUAUUUCAUGCAUGUAUAUGUAUUUGAUAAGUGAACAUGAACAAUGAUAAUUAAAUAAAACAUAGUUAAUUCUUCCCUGAUAAGUUUCUAAAACAUGAACUGAAUCAAAUAGAACUGUCAAAUGUUACUGUACGCAUAAUGGAGGAAGGUAACAAUUACAAGGAAAGGAAAUAAGAGAUGUUAAAUUAUUUUAAAUAUGCUUUAUUUACAAUUAAUAGUUGAUUAAUAAAAAUGAGAAAUUACAACCAA